UGAUUAACGGUGUCAGCUGUUGAUAGAAGGCCGUCAUUUGACAUCGAUACUACGAUAUUGCCUGUGAAAUAAGGGGGUAAAUAAGUGUUGGAGGGGACAUUGCUGAAUCUUGCUCUAACCCUCCUCAUCCAGUUUUGUGUGUGACCGAACGAGCUCAAUCAAGCGGGUGAAAUUGAAAUAAAUGACCUCCAUUUAGGAAAUUUGGAGAAGAGAAGAACAAAAAAAAAAGAUAAAAACGUCUUUUUGGCGAUAAAUUGGACCUCCCAAUCGAUCCCAUUGAUGGCCUAGGAAUCCGGUCUAAUCGAGUGUGUGUGAAUUCUAUUCUCAACUGGAUAUGGGUGAUCUUUGAAUUUGGAAAUGCUUCAUGGCACUAUGAAGACGCGACCAUUCUUGGGGUGUCGCAAGGUGUCAUUAAUCUCGGCCUGUCUAAUGAUCCUGGUUGUGCCAAGCCAUUCUGUAGCAGGCCAGUUUCGAUCUCCCCAUAUCACGGAGCAUCCCAACUCGAUGACCGUCCCCAAAAAUGAACCUCUGACGUUGAACUGCAAGGCUGAAGGAAUACCAACCCCCACCAUCAAGUGGUAUAGGGAUGGUCAUCCCAUUGAGACGUCGCCCACGUCGCCUCAAUCUCAUCGAGUGCUUUUUCCGACGGGAUCACUCUUCUUCCUUCGAGUUAUGCAAAAUAAGAAGGAACAAGAUGGAGGGGUUUACUACUGCGAGGCCACUAAUACAGUGGGGAAAGUUCGGAGUCGGAAUGCUACUCUGGAAGUGGCUGUUCUACGCGAUGAAUUCCGUUUGGAACCUGAUGACACCCGGAUUGCUCAAGGAGAUACGGCUGUUUUGAAAUGUCAUACCCCUCGAGGCAAUCCUAAACCUACUGUAUCAUGGCUUAAGAACGGAGAGGUCCUCAAAGAGCUCGAAGAUGAGCCUAACCGAGUAACACUCACUGAAAUUGGCAGUCUCGUCAUAAGGGAUGCUGUUAAGGCUGACGAGGGUGAUUACGUUUGCCAAGCAAGAAACAUGGUUGGAACGAGGAGUAGCAGAUCGGGAACGCUCCACGUGAAUGUUAAACCCAUCUUCAUUCAACGACCGGAGGAUGUGACCACGACGUCUGGAUCAAAGAUCGAGUUGACUUGUUUGGUGGCUGGGGAUCCUGAACCAAAUUUAAUUUGGAAGCGUGAAAAUGAUCUCCCUUUACCAGAAGGCUCUCAAGUGGUCAAAGGUAUCUUGGAGAUCGCCAAAGCCACCCCACAAGACGAGGGCAUGUACACUUGUGAGGCAACCAAUCCGGUGGGGAAAGUGUCUCAAAGCGUGGUUUUAACGGUUCACGCUCAUCCCAAUUUUUUGGUCAAACCCAAGGAUCAGCGAGUAGGGAUGAAUGGGAUCGCCAAAUUCGAAUGCGUUGUGGAUGGGAACCCACCUCCAAGUAUUUUCUGGACCAAAGAAGGCAGUCAAGAGUUAAUGUUCAGUGGAACCACUCAUGGACAAAUGCAUGUCACAACGGAUGGAACACUCAUGAUUCAGGGUGUGAGAAAAGAGGAUGGAGGCUUUUAUGUUUGUUCCGCCUUGAGCGUGGCUGGAUCCACAUUGGCCAAGGCCUAUCUGGAGGUCACAGCUAUCGAAGAUCAACCUCCGCCCAUUAUUGCCAUGGGACCCGCUAAUCAGACUCUACCAGUGAAUACCAUCGCAAUCUUGCCAUGUCAAGCUUCUGGAAAUCCCAAACCCGCCAUCAACUGGUUCAAGAACCAGCAGCCAUUAAAUGCUAUUGGAUCCAGUCGGAUUAUGGUCGAACCCACGGGGACGCUCGUGAUUGAUAAUUUGAAAGAGGAAGAUACUGGUCUGUACACUUGCACUGCGGGCUCCGAGAGCGGAGAAACAUCGUGGUCUGCCUCCUUAUCAGUAGAGGAUCCCAAGAACCCAAAUAUUAUUUUCCACAAAACCCCUGACCCCUCGACCUUUCCCCAACCCCCAACCAAGCCAAAGAUCGUGAACAGAAGGUCGACGUCUGUGACCAUUUCCUGGCGAAGAAAUCACCACACCGGACAAUCACCUCUGAUUGGCUACACGGUUGAAUGCUUCAGCUUCGAAAUGGAGUCGGGUUGGGUUGUGGCAGCACAUCGAAUCACCUCAGAGACCUACACUGUCAACAAUCUCAAGCCGGAUAGUUCGUAUGUGUUCUUGGUCAGGGCCGAGAAUAGUCAUGGCAUGUCUCCGCCCUCUCAAAUGUCCGAACGAGUCCGGACACUUCGAGCAUUCACUGGUUCCGACGACGAUCUCAACCUGGAUGAGGUGCAGAACCAUUUACUGGAUAAAGUCGUGGAGUUGGGCAGUAUAGAGGCCAUCAGCUCGACCACUAUUAGAGUCUCCUGGAAGGUCCUGAUCAAUGACAAGUACGUCGAGGGCUUCUUCGUCCGAUUUCGUGACAUGUCGGGAGGCUCGCAAAAAUUCAACAUGAAGACCGUCAUGAAACAGGAACAUAUUGACAGCUACGUAAUCACGAAUCUCCGGAAAUUCACCGAGUACGAAGUGUUCCUCACGCCAUUUUUCAAGAACAUCGAAGGCCAGCCAUCGAACUCGCUUCAUGUUCAGACCUUGGCCGAUACCCCAUCAGCCCCACCAACCACAGUGAUGGCCGACAUUCUCAACAUGACCAGUGCCCAAAUAACGAUCUCACCUCCUCCCCCUCAACAUCGUAACGGCGUUUUAUUGGGCUAUCAAGUCCACGUGAAAGGAAACGGGUCCACUUUCCACUCCAAUGUCACCCUCAAUGCCACCACCAUGAACUUCAUUCUGGCCAAUCUAUCUUUGAAUGAGCAGUAUACCAUCCGAGCGUCGGCCUUCACUCAUGCUGGAUUGGGGCCCUUUUCACAACCGGUGACUUUUUCCAUGGAUCCAUCUCUGAUUAAGUCGCCGGUAGUUGGUCACUCUAACCACGUUGUUGGGGACCUGAUCUCGGAGCCUUGGUUCCUUAUAUUCCUCUCCAGCAUCGUGCUCGUUCUGGUUCUCAUUUUCCUGGCCAUUGUCCUAUACCGUCGUCAAUGGUCCAGCCACAAGUCAAGCCUUGGACAUUUGGCCGUUCCUGUUCAACGGUACGAAGACAUGUCUCGGUUGCACCCGGUGUCUCGAGACGGUUCGAUUUGGGUCAAUCAUGGUCAUCCUAGUGAGUGGAAACCAGGCUCCCAAAAGAGCGAUUGUUUCUAUGAUGAUCAUGGGGAUGGCCAAGCCUUGUAUGCUGAAGUGGGCGAUACCGAUGAGGUUCUAACGACCUUUAAUGGUUUCUCGACCUCCAAAUCGGACGGCAAUGGUCCUGGCGAUCCAGCUCCUUACGCUACCACUACAUUAGCAAUGCAAAACAGGAUGAGGACCGUGAAUGGAAACACGUUCAUGGCCUUACCACAACAUGAUCCAUCCUCUCAAGAUUUCUUAUCGCACAAAACCACUUCCAGCAGUGGCGGAGAUUCUCUCUCCACCGGUCAAAAAAGCCCUUCCGGUGGAAUAGGAGACAUGUCUUUGUCCAAACGAACCGCCACCGGAAGUAGCAGCGGUCAUUCUGGACACUCAAAUGGAGCUGGAGGUGGAAACUUUUACUUGCCCAAUUGGUCUGAUCUCUUCCCACCACCCCCUGAACAACCACCUCCACCCACAGGAGACUCACCUCCUCAUCGACGACAGUCUGGUGGGUUAGUGGGUGUGUCUCCUCGUCAUCCAGCCCAUCCUCCUAGCAAUUUGGCCAGCAUCAACUCCAACAGCCCUAGUUUGGCCAAGCGACUGGCGUUUCAGCAUUUAUCCUCCACGCCCCAAGACGGAACCUAUGCCACACCUACUCAAAACUACGCCCGUAGUUUCGCCUCUCCAGCUGCUAUGCCUCAUCUCUUCAAACAGAGAAUGACGGGCUCGCAAGGUCAAAUCAUGGACAUCUACGAGAACCCUUCGGAACAUUAUGGCCAUUAUCCAGUGGAACCAG